AUGGCAUCAGCUGGCGGCCAGGGGACAAGGAGGAUGUCCACGGGGGCUAGACGGGAGUACUACCCACCCACCUACCUACCUACUAGCUACCCACCCACCUACCUACAUAGCUACCCACCCCCACCUACCUAUCCACCCACCUACCUAACUACCUACCUACAUAGCUACCCCACCCACCCACCUACCUACCUAUAUAGCUACCCACCAUAG